AUGGCGUUGAAUUGGGUCAGUCGAACCAGUAAUCCACCCGGCUUUGUGCUGUUGCCUGAAGAAGUGCAUAGGUUCGCCCUUCCCCAAGAGGUUGCUGCGGACCUCAAUCCUAUUGGACAGCAGAACGGCGAUACGAUCACGAUAAAGGGGAACGUCACCUUAACAAGCCACCGGAUUGUUAUCCUGUCCACAAGAAGCACCCAGCAACACGAUAACUUCUCACUGCUGUACAAGGACAUCGUUUGGUUCAAGCUGGAGAUGCCCUGGUUGGGGAGCAACAAGUUCAGAGUGACGUUUAGGGUAUCGGACGGGAACGGAGGGCUGAACUACAUGUACCAAUGGUCCCUGUGUAUAUCGUUUGUAGAAGGAGGUGCGAUCCAGUUUGCAAAGGAGUUUGAACAGUUGAAAACCAGGUUUGAUAACAGCCAGGUCGAUGAGUUGCCCCCAUAUACCGAACAGAUACCGCUGAGUAAAGAGGAGAUCCACAAGUUGUACUUUAGAUGGCAGCAGCUUCGGGCGCAGUAUGGCGACAAUGCGGUUCAAAAUGCAGAGUUUGUUCAGCUGUCCAAGAUGUUGAAGCACAUUUCCAAGCAACAAGAGUUGGCUAGGAAGAUGCAGCAGGAACAACAGCAGCAAGCACAACAGCAGCAGCCAGUUCAGGGACAGCCACUCCAGACCCAAGUUCAGCAAGAACAUCAACAGUUACAACAAGUGCCACAGAGCGGAUCACCAAUGUUACCCCAGCAGACAGUGAAUAACAGGUUCCAGCAGUUGCAACAGGACCAGCAGCGUCAGCAGUUCAACGGGAAUGGGUAUAACAAUAUGAUGGGGAGAACUCCAAAUAUGGCUAACAAUUCUGCAAUUCCAACUCCACCGCAGGUACACCAACAACAAUCGCAACAGCCUCAACAGUCGCAACAGCCUCAACAGCAGCCGCAGCAGCAACAACAACAACAACAGCAGCAACAACAGCAACAACAACAGCAACAACAGCAACAACAACAGCAACAACAGCAACAACAAAACAGAUCACCUUUGAAUGCCAGUCUAUUUGCUCCUCAUCAAUCUGUCUUGCUUAAGGCUCAAAUUGCCGCUUUUAAGUGUAUUGUCAAGAAUGUGCCUAUCCCCCAAGAAGUUAACAAUAUCCUGGUGGCGUCUAUGAAGAAUAACUUUGGUGCAAACUUGAGACAACAGGCUUCAAUGACUCAACCUCCAGUGGUUCAAUCACCAGCAGUUCCACCUUCUCAACCACCCUCUGCUCAGUCACCUCAAGGUGUUCCACAGCAGUUCACUCCGCAGCAGCAGCACCCAGUUCCACCACCGCAACAGCAGCAACAACAGCCACCACAACAAGCUCCACCGCUACAACAACAGCCACGUUCACUACAACAACAGCAAUCACGCCCAUAUCCACAACAAAAACCACCUCAAUCGAAACAGACGCCACCUCUCCAGCAGCAGCAGCAACAACAACAACAACAACAACAGCAGCAGCAGCAGCAACAACAACAACAACGUUCGAAAUCUGCUACUCUGUCUUCCAGAAGGCAAACGCCAACAGCAGCUAUCCAACAGCCACAACCACCUGCUAAACCAGCUCCGCUAUUUCGUCCUAUAGAGAAUCAAAAACCAAUACCUUUGGAGAAGUUGAAAAGUCAGUAUCCAGAGAUAACAACAGUGUUCCCUGUUAACGAUCCAAAGAUUCGAGUUGAAAGCUACACCAAACCCCAACAACAAAAGGAAGUUCCUUACGAAUUGUUCUACCAUCCAAAAUCCCGUAAUAUACUCCCUGGUGUCUUCCCGGAAGGGUUGGAUCUGUAUGGUGCCUCUCAGGUUAGAGAAACCACGAUCCAGUUGGAAAUUGAUGCUGCUAUUGAAGAGUUCAAGAAGAAGCUAGACCAAACAGAUGAUGUUGAUCCUAAACAAGUUGAUGAUCUUGUGGAUUACUAUGCAUUGGAAUUACUCCCUCUGCAAAAAUCCAUAAGGGGCCACAUCCUGAGUUUCAACUACUUCAAGAACUCAUUAUUAACGAACACCCAUCCAAAUUUCCUGGCUCGAAUUCGCAAAGUUACUCUUGCUGAUUCACAGGCAACUUCUGCUUUGUACGAACAACAGCUCUCGAUGAAACGUAAAGUUGAGAACAAGAAGAAAUUCGACCACAUUGAAAAACUUGCAGCGGACUCUAGCUCCAUCAUAAAGAAGAGAAGCGAUAAGAAGGACAAAAUUGCAAAGUUCGGUAGAAGUAUUGUAAGCAUGCAUUCAAGCAUUGAAAGGGAGGAACAAAAGAGAGUUGAGAGAAACGCUAAGCAACGUUUGCAAGCUUUAAAGGCGAACGAUGAGGAGGCAUAUAUCAAACUGUUGGAUCAGACAAAGGAUACAAGAAUCACCCAUUUGUUGAAGCAAACCAAUACAUUUUUGGACUCUUUGGCCCAAGCAGUUAAGGAACAACAGAAGGAAACUCAUGAGCAUGCAAAGUCCAUUGGACGAGAGGUAUCCUCUGAGUUUGAUGAGAUGGAGGACAAUGAAAAUAUUGACUAUUACUCUGUGGCCCAUAGAAUUAAGGAGGAGGUUAAAGUUCAGCCUAGUAUUCUUGUUGGUGGUGAACUGAAAGAAUACCAGUUGAAAGGUCUCCAAUGGAUGGUGUCGUUGUACAAUAAUCACUUGAACGGUAUCUUGGCUGAUGAAAUGGGACUGGGUAAAACUAUCCAGAGUAUAUCUUUGAUUACUUAUCUAUAUGAAGUUAAAAAGGUUCAUGGUCCGUUCUUGGUUAUUGUUCCCCUAUCUACUUUGACGAAUUGGAAUUUGGAAUUCGAGAAAUGGGCUCCUUCCUUGAAGAAGAUUACCUACAAAGGUGUCCCUUCUGUUAGAAAAGGUAUGCAACAUGACAUCAAAACUGGUAACUUCGAUGUGCUUCUGACAACUUUUGAAUAUAUCAUCAAGGACAGACCAUUGCUUUCUAAGAUCAGAUGGGCUCACAUGAUCAUCGAUGAAGGUCACAGAAUGAAGAACUCAAACUCUAAGUUAUCAUCUACUCUAACCCAGUACUACCACACCGAUUAUAGACUGAUCUUGACUGGUACACCUCUUCAAAAUAACUUGCCAGAGUUGUGGGCGUUGUUGAACUUUGUCUUGCCGAAGAUUUUCAACUCUGUGAAAUCGUUUGAUGAAUGGUUUAAUACUCCUUUUGCCAAUACUGGUGGUCAAGACAAGAUUGAACUUUCUGAAGAAGAGACGUUAUUGGUGAUUAGAAGAUUGCACAAAGUGUUGAGACCUUUCUUGUUGCGUCGUUUGAAAAAGGAUGUGGAAAAAGAUUUACCUGACAAGGUUGAAAAGGUGUUGAAAUGUAAGAUGAGUGCAGUUCAAAGCAAGAUGUACCAACAAAUGUUGAAAUACCAUCAAAUCUUUGUUGCUGAUGAAUCGGGUGAAGGCAUAGCCCCAAUCAGAGGUUUGAAUAACCCAAUCAUGCAACUCAGAAAGAUUUGUAACCAUCCAUUUGUGUUUGAGGAGAUUGAAGAUUUGAUCAACCCUACCCGUGAAACCAACAACAAAAUUUGGAGAUGUGCAGGUAAGUUUGAGUUGCUAGAUAGAGUCUUGCCAAAAUUUAAAGCAUCAGGUCACAGGGUGUUGAUGUUCUUCCAAAUGACGCAGAUUAUGGAUAUCAUGGAGGACUUCCUGAGACUGAAUGAUUUGAAGUAUUUGAGAUUGGAUGGUUCAACAAAGCCAGAUGAUCGUACUCAGCUGUUGAAGCUGUUCAAUGCACCAAACUCCGAAUACUUUGCCUUCUUGUUAUCCACAAGAGCUGGUGGUUUGGGUUUGAAUUUGCAAACAGCUGAUACCGUUAUCAUUUUCGACACCGAUUGGAACCCUCAUCAAGAUUUGCAGGCACAAGAUAGAGCUCACAGAAUUGGUCAGAAGAAUGAAGUGCGUAUCUUGAGAUUGAUUACUGAAGAUUCUGUGGAAGAAAUGAUUCUUGAGCGUGCUCAUCAAAAGCUAGACAUCGAUGGUAAAGUCAUUCAAGCUGGUAAGUUUGACAACAAAUCGACAGCUGAGGAGCAAGAAGCUCUAUUGAGGGCUUUGUUGGAAGCUGAAGAGAGCAAAAAAUCCGACAAGGAAGAAAACGAGGAUCUUGAUGACGACGAGCUGAACGAAAUUUUGUCCAGAAACGACAACGAACUGGCACUCUUCAAGAAGAUGGAUGAGGAAAACAAGGCCAAAAAAAUGCAAGGACGUUUAUUUACCGAAGCUGAGCUUCCUCCUUGCUUUUCCAAGGAUCCUGCGGAAUAUCUUAAACCAGAGGAUGUUGGUGAGUAUGGUCGUGGUGCUAGAGAGCGUAAGCAGACUUUCUACGACGAUAACUUGACAGAAGAACAAUGGCUAAAGGAAAUUGAUGCUGAGAUUGGUGGAUCUGAUGAAGAGAAUGCACCAGAAGCCAAGAAGAAGAGAAGGGGUAAGAAGAAGAGAUCUGAAAUGGAGGAUGAUGAGGAACUUAUGAAUUAUGUUGGUAAAAAGAGAAAGAGUGCACCUCCAUCAGUCAAAGAUGAAGAUUCCGAAUCUACAGGCUCGACUUCUCGUCGUGGAGGUAGAAAAUUUGUUCCUGGACGCCGUGGGCGUAUCAGUAAGGACACACCUCCAAGUCGUUACCCUCGUCCUGAAUCGUUAAGUCCAAGAGAGCGUGAAACGUUGAACCUUCAAUGUGAGAACAUUUGUGAAGAUUUAAUUGAUUAUGUGGAUGAACACGGUCGUCGUCUCAGUGAUAUAUUCAUGGUUAGACCUGCGAAGAAGUUUUACCCAGACUACUACGUCUUGAUCAAGUACCCCGUGGCUUUUGAUAUGAUCAAGAAGCGUAUCUAUGGCAACAUAUAUCACUCUCUUAGUGAAUUCAUUGAGGAUAUUCACCUUAUGGCUGGUAAUGCAAAGAUUUACAACGAAGAGGGGUCGAUGGUUUAUGAAGAUGCGGUUGUGUUAGAGAACUUGGCCUUGAAGAAGUACAAAGAGUUGACUGAAAAGGAUAUCGACUUCACAGAGUACGAUCGUGAGCACUUCAACAAGAUUCAACCUAGACCAGGUGCACCUACGUUGUCAGAUCCUAAAGAGGAACCAGUCGAGAAUCAACCUCCUGCCAAUGGUGAAACGGAUGCUCCAGACGAAGCAUCUGAAGACACAGCAAAGGAGUGA